AUGGGUCACUGUUUGUUCCCCGACGCGAUUGCAAGUCAGUUGGCGAAAGAAGAACUAACGGACUCGUUCACACAUGGACCAGUUCGGAGGUGGAAGAGAUUGACAUCAAGGUCGUACUUUAUCCCUGACUGGACCAGAUACUUAUUGGACAGGGCCCAUCACGAUGAACUUCUUUGGUUCAUCGACGGAAAGUGUCUGUUGGAGCAGGAGAGUUGUCUUGAUAUUGCAGCGAAGUGGCGCUGGCUGGCGCUGGCUAGGGCCAAGGGGAGGCUCGAUUCCACGCCGUCCACUGGUAUCUGCAAGCCCGCAAGCUUUUCCGCUGGAAUUGUCAGCGGCAUUGUUGUUGCUCAGUAUCACUAUCGAAUGAAAGGCGAUCGAGACCACGACGACGACGACGACAACGAGCGAAAUAACGAAAAAGUUGAAAGUAAAUGUUUGCAGCGUUUGGCAGCGGUGUGGCUAGCGGGCUGA